GAGCUGGGGUUUUGGUGGGGGAGGGGAAGGCAGGGAAGGCAUUUAGGGUGCCCCAUCCCCCCUUUUUCCUCUCAGGCUUCUUUGAAAUGCUCACGUGCCUGCCCACCCCCUACCCUUUCCUGAUCUCGGGGAUCCUCACCCUUAUUAUGUUGUUGUCCCCGAAAAUGUGCGCCUCGGCCUUCUCCCUCGCUUCCACCCUUCGUGCAUUUACACCCCCUUUUUGUGUGUGUGUGUGUGUGUGUGUGUGUGUGUGUGUGUAUGUGUGUGUAUGUAUAUGGGGGGAGGCUUUCAGGAAAGAAUUUGCAGCAAAUUGAAUCAAGGAGCCAUCAUGAGGCCGACUCUUUUAUAGCCUAUUUUUAGCAGAGGAGAGGGAUCUUUUCGGUGCACGUUAUUCUGUUGGCAAUGGAAAUCUGCUCCCCUCCCCAGGCGCGUCCCCGGUGCAGGCGCGGCGACCCGGGUUGGCGUGCUGGGGGCUGCGGGCGGCUGUUGGGGCCGCGCGUCCCGGGCGGGGGCGCCGGAGGGGGAGGGGCGCGCGGCCGCGGGGCCGCACUCCCGGACGUGUUUAUUUGUAACUUAGUGCCUUUUAUCGUCUUAAGGAGGUAUUUGCUAGAGCCUCUUUGAAGUUGGGUUCAGAAGUGUAGAAUUGGCAAAGUUAUUGCCAGCUUCCUGCAGCAGCAACUUGUGAUUGGCGGUACCGGAUAUUCAAUUGCACAUCCCCACAUCAAUGCACUGCCAAUGGGUUAUAUCCUGUGUUGUGACCUCAUGGUUUAAGUGGGAAUAAAGAUGAGUAUAAGCAGUGAUGAGGUCAACUUCUUGGUAUAUAGAUACUUGCAAGAGUCAGGAUUUUCUCAUUCAGCAUUUACCUUUGGUAUAGAAAGCCAUAUCAGUCAGUCUAACAUAAAUGGUGCCCUCGUCCCACCUGCUGCAUUGAUUUCUAUCAUCCAGAAAGGUCUACAGUAUGUAGAGGCAGAAGUUAGUAUUAAUGAGGAUGGUACCUUGUUUGAUGGUCGACCAAUAGAGUCUCUGUCACUGAUAGAUGCCGUAAUGCCUGAUGUAGUACAAACAAGACAACAAGCUUACAGAGAUAAGCUUGCACAGCAACAAGCGGCAGCCACCGCAGCUGCCACAGCUGCCACAAACCAACAGGGAUCUGCAAAAAAUGGCGAAAACACAGCAAAUGGGGAGGAGAAUGGAGCACACACUAUAGCAAAUAAUCAUACUGAUAUGAUGGAAGUGGAUGGGGAUGUUGAAAUCCCCCCUAAUAAAGCAGUUGUGUUACGGGGCCAUGAAUCUGAAGUUUUCAUCUGUGCCUGGAACCCUGUUAGUGAUCUCUUGGCAUCAGGGUCUGGAGACUCAACAGCAAGAAUAUGGAAUCUUAGUGAAAAUAGCACUAGUGGCUCCACGCAGUUAGUACUUAGACAUUGUAUACGAGAAGGGGGGCAAGAUGUCCCAAGCAACAAGGAUGUGACAUCCCUAGAUUGGAAUAACAACAAACUAGGACUCCCCAUUCUGAAGUGUGGUGUUAAAAAAAACAAAGACUGGCCCUCCAGCAGUCAGACCGAGGUUCAGCUUGCAGCUCUUCAGUUUGUCUUGCAGCAGAACCUUUGUAAAACUGGUGGUGGCCUGCUCUGCAUCAUCUUCCUCACGUGGAAGAGUGAAGGUACACUUCUAGCAACUGGUUCAUACGAUGGAUUUGCCAGAAUAUGGACUAAAGAUGGUAACCUUGCUAGCACCUUGGGGCAGCAUAAAGGCCCUAUAUUUGCAUUGAAGUGGAAUAAGAAAGGAAAUUUCAUCCUAAGUGCUGGAGUAGACAAGACUACAAUUAUUUGGGAUGCACAUACUGGUGAGGCCAAGCAGCAGUUUCCUUUUCAUUCAGCACCAGCACUGGAUGUUGAUUGGCAGAGCAACAACACCUUUGCUUCUUGUAGUACAGAUAUGUGCAUUCAUGUCUGUAAAUUAGGACAAGACAGACCUAUUAAAACAUUCCAGGGACACACGAAUGAAGUAAAUGCUAUCAAAUGGGACCCAACUGGCAAUCUUCUGGCCUCCUGUUCUGAUGACAUGACUUUGAAGAUAUGGAGUAUGAAACAAGACAAUUGUGUCCAUGAUUUGCAAGCACAUAAUAAAGAAAUUUAUACUAUCAAAUGGAGUCCAACAGGGCCAGGGACAAAUAAUCCAAAUGCCAACCUUAUGUUAGCAAGUGCAUCCUUCGAUUCUACUGUUAGAUUAUGGGACGUAGACCGAGGAAUUUGCAUCCAUACAUUGACAAAACACCAAGAGCCUGUGUACAGUGUGGCUUUCAGUCCUGAUGGCAGGUACCUGGCAAGCGGUUCUUUUGAUAAAUGUGUGCACAUCUGGAACACACAGACAGGUGCUCUAGUUCACAGCUAUAGGGGAACAGGUGGAAUUUUUGAAGUUUGCUGGAAUGCAGCAGGAGACAAAGUUGGAGCCAGUGCAUCAGAUGGUUCAGUUUGUGUAUUAGACCUUCGGAAAUAGCGCUACUAGUUGGAAGCCAUGGACCGACUAUGAAUGUGUACAUAGCCAAAAUGACUGUCCCUGACCCAUGUACUGCUAUAGUCCCACUUGAACCAUGGCCAGUCCACUACAGCCAAAUCUAAAAGAAAUAUAUACAUACAGUGUAUAUAAACAAAAUUGCACCCUGAAGAUGACAGAAUUUUGUCACAGCUUGUGAAUUCUGUUCACCAAGUGCUGGAAUCUAAUCUGCUGUGCCCCUAAAAUAGCAUUUAGAAGUUUUGGAUAUGAAAAACAGAAGAGAAAGAAAUAUGCGUUAUAAAAGCAGCCCAUAUGUGUACCAGUUUUUGGAUACUAAUGACAGCCUUGUUUCUCCCCUUUGAAUCAGAAGACACCAUGGAUUAUAUUCUUUUUUCCUUUCAGUAGUUGAGCAGUUUGUAUGUACAGAGAAAAUGGACUUACAAAAACUUGCAGCAGUAGUUUGUUCUUGCUUUUAAACUUUGUUUUCGGUUUAGUUUAUGGAUGCAUGAAGUAAGGGAGUGAAUCAGUUUCUUGUUUAUAUUUUUUUCACCUUUUAAACAAAAAAUUCUUAAAAAUAUUUUAAUGCAUUCUUUUGAAGAGAUAGAUGUUUGGUACAUUUUAUGGCUCCCAGAGCAUAUAUUCAAUUGGUGCAUGUUGUGGAAGGGGGAAUUGGAAAGUGAAUGAAAAUAUAUGACUUUUGGUCAUGUCAAUCUGUAAGACACAUCAGUAAAAGGAUAUUAUGCUCUGUUGGUUUUUUUUUUGUUUGUUUUGUUUUGUUUUUGUUCUUUUUUUGGUGAUGUGGCUUAAAUGCAAUAGUUUCUUUUUUGGGACAUAUUUCUGCCAAUUAAAGACUAGAAGGGCACAAUUUUUUUUAAUACCAUAGAGAAGAUGCAUAAAAAAAAAAUCUUCUGAUGUUUUGUAGCCAUAACUAAAUUAUGGUUAAAAUGUGCACUAUUGUGAAAAGGAGCAAAGUAGGUUUGGGUUUUUUUUGUUGUUGUUGUUUGUUUAUUUGUUUGUUUUGCUUUGUUUUUUAAGAGAUUAAAAUGUUUCUGGAUAAGGAUUAGCUUCUCAAAGUGUCCAUCAUUCUGUGUAGAAGCUGAAAAAUGUAAUGUAACCAAACUCCAGUAUUAAAAAUCUCUCAUGUUGUUUUUCUUUAUACAAAGCAAGAUAACGGCAUAUAACACUGCCAUUACAUGGCAAAAUGUUUGCUACCUUAGUUUAAAAACAAUCUUUAAAACAAAAGACUUGCUUCAAGGUGUUUUUAAAUAGCAGUGAUUCAGAAUUUAAAAAAGAAAAAAAAGUAUAAUUGCACUAACCUCCCUGCUGCUCUGAUUCUGCAUUCGUGGUACUUGUGACUACAUUUUUUUCAAAUACGGAUAGAUUUAAGCUGCUAUUUUUUUUUUUGUUUGUUUUUCAGUAAUCACUACUAUAUCAUGUCUUUUACUCUGUUUAUAAUAUCAAGUAUUUUCUUAAAGAUAUAGGUAUCAGAGCAAACCUCUUCUUACGCUCAUGCAACUAAAAGCUAAAAUACACAGAAUUUGCAAAUGAGAGCAUUUGUUUAUAUGUGUGAUCAACAGGGUUUGUCAUGAUUAAUGUAAGUAUCCACAAGUGUCAGUUUUGAAGAGAAUAGUUGUCAAAUUUGUAUCUCAAAAGAUUAUAAUUAAGGAGUUGCUUAUUAUUAAGCUUAGCAAAUUUAUAACACUAUUUCUGUCACUAAUUAUUUUGAGGCCUUUACUACUAAAAUUUUAAUCUAUGUUUUAAGUAGAAACUGAUUUAACCCAAGUAAUGCAGCUUUGAUUUUUAGCAUUUGUUGUUUUGCUAUUUUUACAAAACAGCAUUGAUUGAAGCAAGUCUUGGUUUUACUAAGGUAGGAUAGCAUUUGCUAUUGGUAAAGAGAAUAAAUACACUUAAUUUCACAAUACAUUGUUAUAUGUACCCCAAUUAUUGUUAGUGGGGACUAUGAUACUGUAAUAAUAUUUUUUAAAAUUUACAUCCAGAGAGGCAGUCAUUCAUGAUGGUUUUGUGCCAGCUGUUUUUAGGGUUUUGGAUCACAUUAUAGAUAUUUAGAACUAUAACCCUGUGACUUAUGUAGGAAACCUAAUAUGCUGAGUAUCUGGCACUUGAAAUCCUGCUUUUAUUGCUAGAGGUCCACAUCUGUGGUUAACCUCUGUUGUUGUUUUAAAAAAAUAAAUAAAAAUUUAAAAAUCUGUGCAAUAAUUUUUAAAUGUGCUCCCAGGAAUAGACACAAAUGUUUUGAGUAGGUUUAAGCUGCAUUUUCCUUUAGCGACGCAUCUGUCAAUUGCACUGAAUUUAAAUCUGAAAGUCAGAGGUGAUUAUUGAUAGUACUUUUGUAUUUUGAUAUGGACAAUUUAUUCAUUUGCAUACAGUUAUUGACUUUUUCCCCCCAGCUGAUUAAAAGUGAUAGUCAAGAAGUUCUGCAAUAUAGCUGCCAAAAUAGACAGCUACAUUUUUAUGGUAUUGUCAUCUUUUCUUUUUUCUUUUUUUUUUUUUUUCUUUAGGUAUUUUACUUAAGCAUAAUAGCCACAAUAGGACAUAUUAAAAGAUUAUAAAUACAGAGCUUUAUUAUCCUGAAGUCUUGGGUCUUUUAAGUAUAAACUUUAUCUGAAAGGUAUCCAUUUUGUAGGCUUGGGUUCUUUAUGAGCAUACAGUUGUUUAUUUUUGCUGCUGUUCUCAACAUCAUCAUUGCCUGCUGAUGUGCCACCAUGCUGCUCCAAUAGACAAAAGUAAGAUUGCCUUGAAUUUGAGCAGUAACUUGAUUGUAGGAGACCAAGUUUCACAGCCUGCAAAAUUCUGUAUUUGAGGUUCUUGGCUCAUUUUUCCUUCCUUUUUUUUCUGAGAACUUACUCCUGAAGAUCAACUGAUUCCAAUAGAUUUUCUAUCGGUAUUCAUUAUAUAUCAUUGUUGUAUAAGCUACUGUAAGAAACGUAUAAGGAAAAAUAGAAAGGAAAACUUGAAUGAAUAGAAUACUCAUUGAUUGAAGUAGAAUAAAGAAAGAGCAGCUGUCACUCUUAAACUUCAUAAAGGAAUAUCAUUUUUCUUCUCCAUGUAGGAAAUCUGAUACGUGCUUAUAUUUGUUCCAAUCCCCAUUUCUGUCAUUGAUCAGGUACCAUCAUUGACUUUAAAUGACUUUUAGAAGUGGUAACUUUUCAUUUCCUAAUAGAUAUUAGAGUAUAUUGAAUUCUGUUUUAAUGAAUAAUUCUCUAGGUAAGUAUGUUUUAGGAUUAAACACCUUUUACAGAUACUGAAAGUGCCUCCUUUUGUGGUGUAAAAAAACAAAUUAUGGUGCAAAAAGUAAUUAUUAGAUUGAAUUACAUGAAGGUUUUUUGCUUUUUGACAUAAAAAUGUCAAGAGAAAGGCCAAAGAUUUGUACUUUUUCACUUAUAAAGCACUCCUUUUUUCCUUAAACUUCUUUCUGUCAAAUUAGAUUUAAUGAGAGAGUACUAUUUUUAAGGAGCUAUCUGUUUAUGUAGAAUGAUUUUGUUAAGAGUAAUGUAAACUAUUAACGCAUAGAGGCCUGAAGAGGGGUAUGCAUUUUUGCUAUUUAAAGGAAUCACGAAUGACUGUCCUUAUGUGAGCAAAAAUGUUCAAUUUUACUAAGUAAGCAGAAAAACAAAUCUCAAAUGCAGUGCUGUUUACUCUUUUCAAAACCGUUUUCAUUUUCUUGAGCACAUUGUACAUUUCUAUAGAACCUGCAUUUAUUCUCACAUGCUAAGGGUGGUACUUGCAUUUGGUGAAUUACUGUUGAUUGUUUCCACAGAAAUUCUAUUUCAGUGGACCAACAUUGUGGCAUGGCAGCAAAUGCCAACAUUUUGGGGAAUAGCAGCAAAUCUACAAGAGACCCUGGUUGGUUUUUUUUGUUUGUUUGUUUUUGUUUGUUUUUCCUUCUGAAUCAGCAGGGAUGGAAGGAGGGUAGGGAAGUUAUGAAUUACUCCUUCCGGUAGUAGCUCUGAAGUGUCACAUUCAAUAUCAAUUUUUUUUUUAACAUGAUUCUAGUUAAAUGUAGAAGAGAGAGAAAAAGAGGAAGUGUUCACUUUUUUUAAUACACUGAUUUAGAAAUUUGAUGUCUUAUAUCAGUAGUUCUGAAGUAUUAAUAGCAUUCUUUGUUUCUGCCUUUACGUUGACAAUGUUGAAGCAGGGUGAAUAACUAGGGCAUAUUUUUUUUUUUUCUAGUAAGCUGUUUCACAAUGUUUUCUUUGGCGUUUCUGGAUAAGUUCAAGAAAACAUUCUGCAUGUUGUAUCUAGUCUGAUGUACUUAUCCAUCUCAUUAAAAACAAACACAGACUGCAUUCUGUAGCUCUGUAAUCCCUAAAUACAGAAGUAAUUCUCUUCUUUCCUGACUUUGACAUUGUAGCUAUAAUGUUCUAAUUUUGAUUUUUACAAAUCCUUUGGGUCUAAUUCUGUGAGCCUACCUAUAGCACUGGAUUAAAAUGUCUGCAUCAUUUCUUUAGUUAUCCAGUUAACUUUAAAACUGUUGUAAAAGUGUAAACCAGCCCAUGACAGUUUUUUGUACAUGUUAAAGAACUUUAUUGUUCAGUUUUCAUGAUUAUUGUGUAAGGAAGACUGAUAUAGAUGUUCUAUGCUGUCCUGGACCAUGUUAAUUACACUUCUGAUGUAUUUUGGUUCCACAUCACAAUGAUUUGUCCCCAAUGAUCCUUUUAUCCUUUCUAGGCACAUUUUUUUUUGUUGUUGUUGUUGUUGCAGUUUCCCUUUGCAUUGUAUUGCUUUGACAACUGUAAUUUGAAUCAGAUCUGAAAGAGGUCCAGAAUAAAAUAUAUUUUGAUAUUA